AUAUGUCAUAAAAUUUUUAAACUAACAAGCUACAUAUUUGCUCAUUUAGUUAAUAAAUACAAUUAGAGAAAAUAUUUGCUAUAUUAAUUAACAACUUAAAUGUUGACCGAUUAUUAACAUUGAUUAUAAGUUAUGUUGUCAUCACUAGGAAAUCUUACGAAAAAUCUUUUUGAAAAGGUGGCAACGUAACCUAAACAAACGUGCAAAUUGCUGUUGUUUACAAAAAUUGUAUUUAGUUUAGUUCGCACGGGGGGUUAAAUUUGAGGAAAUAACAAAAUGUUGAAGGAUUUGCAACAAUUGUAUGAAAUGCACACGGAGGAAAUGGAGCUUGUUAAAGAAAGUAUUACGAAAUACCUGUUGAAAAUAGAUGCAGUAUAUGAAAAAUUUAUUAAAAACAAGGAAGCGCUUGAACAACGCAAUGCAAUCACUUUGAUGGCCUAUGAUAAAUACUUCACAAUACUUUCGAACAUGCUAGAAGUUGCGCGAAAAUUUAAUUUUCAUUUAUUUGUAAAUGAUCUAGAUAAAAAGUCAACUCGUACCUUAUUUGAGGCGUUGGAAUCAUGUGAGCGGGAAGUACAUAACAAAUCGAAGAUGUGCUUGAAAGAGGAACAACUUAUCUACGAUUAUACAAACUUAUCCAUUCUACCUGCGGAGGAAAAUGAGGAAAAUGAGAACUCGGGCAAAGAACUAUGCGCUAUUGAAUAUUUAAAAAAGAAUAUUUCAAAAUAUAAAGUUGGCAGUUUAAUAAAAGGCUCAGUUACUUAUAUUCUUAACUUGGACACGUUGUAUUUUUAUAUAUGUGAUGCGGAAUCUAAAGAAUUUCAACAAAUCGCAAAUUUGAAGAAUAUGAUCCAUCUAAAGCAAUAUACUGAAACUCCACCGAAAGACGAAGUUUUUGGUCUUGUGCUUGACAAUACAAUUCUACGGGCUAUACGAAUAAAAUCAAGCGAAAUUAAAACACAAGUAUUACUAUUAGACUUUGGUGAAACAGCCACAAUAACCGACGCAGACGUGACCUACCGUUUACCAACAGAAAUAAAACGAAUACCCGCCCAAGCAAUUUUAUGUAAAUUGACGGGAAUCAGUGGUCGAAAAAAUAUACCUCAUAAGGAGCUACAAAUAUGUUUACAAGAAUUGGAAUAUGAGAGCACCACUUUCAUCAUAAAAUCAAAACAAGAAAGAGAGGGUACACUACUAUUGGAACUCUUUGAAGAAACAUCCACGAUAACACCAUUGACACCUACGUCUGCAUCAAUAGAAACUUCAACUAACAGAAAAGAAUGUGUGGAUAAAAUAAACAACACAAAUCCAUUUAAAACCACUACAGAAUUCACCAUUGAUGACAGUGAUGAAGCGAUACCAUUAUGUGCAUUACCCAAAAAUCCAAUAUUUACCGAGGGCAACGGUCUUCCCAAUGGUUUGACCGCAGAGGAGAUGGAUAGUUUAGCUGAAGAACCACUCAAUACAUCCAACGCAAUGAAAGCGGUUCUAGGCUACAGUCCAAAAGACGAAGAACGCCUUUGCCGUUUUUAUGAUCCGAACACCGGUGCUUGUUUUAAAGGCGCCAAUUGUCGGCUAGAGCAUACCCCAUCACAACCAGAGGGAUGGACUAAGGAUAGUAUACCAGCGAAAACUAUAAUUGAUGAUUAUUCGCCAGUGACACGUUAUACUGCCGGUCUUAUGAUAAAUAUUACUGUUACACAUGUGGGGCAAAUUGAGUAUUUUCACGCGCAAAUAAAUGAUCCGGAAAAUAUUAUGGAGCCGCUCAUAUGGAAUGAUGAUGAUAUACCGCAAAGUAUGCAUUUGACUAAGCCACCGAUGUUGUACGAUAUUGUUCGUGCUCAAUAUGAAGAUGGGCUUUGGUAUCGCGCUAAAAUAAUGGAUUUUGAUGAAUCUGUUAAAGUCUUCAAAGUAUUUUAUGUCGAUUAUGGCAAUUAUCAAAAUGUCUUGCUGAAGCAAUUAGCAUACUGUGAUCGGUCUACGGAGCAUUUUCCAUUUCAAGCAGUACUAUGUAGACUGGCAGAUAUUAUGCAAAAUCCGGAAGCUUCUGUUGAUUUGCGUGAGAAUGGUAUUCGUACUUUAAAUGCUCUUAUUCUCAAUCAUUCAUUCGAUGUCAAGAUUGUAAGUCAUAACGAUGAUUUAAUAGUACGAUUCAUGGGAGCGCCAUACUCUUCAUAUCCAAAAAGACUAAUUUCGAUGGGUUGUGCCAAGCAAUUUCAUUCGAAUGUAUCUAGUGAUACAGAAACUACGCCCGUCACUAAAUCGGAGUAAUCCAUUUAUGUAAUAUAAUAUUAAUCUAAUUUACCGAAUUAAAAGAUUUGAGUACAAUAUUUAAAAAAAUCUAAAGAUGUAAUAAACAUUAGUUUCGUUUCUUUAUAAAAAAAAAAACUAUAUAAAAAUUGUGUAUCAUUUCAAUUUAUUUUUUAAAGCUGAUCCAGAAACUUAUUAAUAUUAAUGAUUGGUCAUUCAAAAAUUUAUGAACUGUAAUUUAACUAUCAUAACACAGCCGGAUUAAAAGGCGUUCUUAAAAAAUUUAAUACAAUUAAUAUUCUGUACUUAUAAACAAUAACAAAAACUAAACUUUUUUCAAAUACUAUUAUUAAUAUCUUUUAUUUUAUAUUGUACUUACAAAAAAUUAAAACAAAUAUAGGUUAUUUGUAUAUACAAUCUUAUAUUAUAUGUUUUGUGUUAAUUUGAAGUGUUUACAUAUUCUACAAAAUAUGGCAACUCUUAUGUACAUGAACUGUCAAAAGUACGAGCGCCAAAUGUGUCUACAUUUGUAAGGCAUCGAGAAAAAUAAGCGAAUAAACAAAUAUCUUCAACAAUGCAGGAAGAUCAGCCAGCCAUAUUUGCGAUUGUUGAUCCAUUGUGCAGUCGGUAUGAGAACACGCUCACUGGUCAAUUUGUUUCUGGUAACAAAAUUGCUUUAUCUGCCUUUCGACCAAUUACCAGUAAUACGAGGGAUGCUCCAACUGAAUCUGCUGGUAAAGAUGACGUAUUGAUACAUAUGCUUCAACCGGAGUUUGUCUUUGAUGAUCCCAUCCUACGUAGCCUUGUGGCCGAAGCGAAUUCCACAUUUGUGGCACUACAAGAGCUUAAAAAGCGCGGCUCAAAAGCAGAUUAUAUGAAAAUAUCUCGUACUUAUCGCAGUAUUAUACGAGCAUGUCUUGAAAAAUUGCAAGAUGCUAUGGCAAGCGCAGAAGAAGCUGAAGAUGCCGAGUCACAAGCUAAAUAUCAACAGUACAUUUCUAUAUUUUAUUCCAUUGAAUGUGUGUGGCAUCUAAGUGAAAUAUUAUUUCUGGAUGCAACACCAUCCAAUGCGGUAGUACCACAACUACUCGAUUGGAUACGUUUUCAUUUUCCUGCUGCGGAACGUAUGGCCACGGAUCUUCUAUUAUUAGGGCGAGAAGCAAGUGACAACGAUGACUAUUGGCCAGCGCUUAAAGGUCUAAUAAUGCAGGGCCAAGUAGAUGUGGCACGUGCUUUGCUACAUCUACACCCACAAGCUGAAACGGCACACUUUAAACUAACAGAUCAGAUACUGAAAACCAUGCCCACUUAUAGUAUGCAUGGAGCUACUUCAAUACAAAAAUUCCGUUCACAGUGGCAGUAUUGGCUCACUGACACCGAACGAAAAAUUUCUGCAAAUAUUCUCGCCAUUGAACCAAACCUAGAAGAACUAAUUCAGUUAGUAACAGGUGAUACACAAAUGUGGAAUACACAAAUACAGGAAACCGAAUAUUGGUAUGAAUUCUUUCCCGGUUAUCUGUUCUACACCAAUAAUGCAUGCAAGCAUUUCGAAUUGGGCAAUGCUGCCAACACAUGGCUAUCACGUUGGGCGCGCCUCAAAGGACACAACAGUAAUGAGUUGCAAAUGAAACAGUUAGAUCGUGUUAUACUCAGUCUCAUGGAAAACGAUAUGCAUCAAGUUAUACAUGCAAUACAGCUGAUGGCAGAUAAUCAAUGGUUCGUUACACAUCUCACGGACUUGCUCUACAAUUGUGGACAGUUGCAAAUAGUGGGCGAAAAUCAAGUCAAUGAAUGCAUAAAAUUGCGCGACUGUUUACUUUAUGAUUUUGGAAGUUCUCUUAUGACACGCAACUCUCUAUGGCAAUUAGGCAUGGACUAUCUGGACCAUUGUGGCCAAGAGGGUCAAGCCGCAUUGGCGCUACUGCUCACAAAAAUACCCUUUCGCACGGAGAAACAGGCAUUGAAAAUUAUCGGCAUCGCACAGAAGAAGCGCUUUUUCGAAGCUGAGCAAGAAAUUUGUAAAAUUCAGUCAAAGAAAUCACUUAAUGAACAGCGUUAUGGCAAUGCUUUAGAGUGGGCUAUACGCUCGAAAGACACACUCUAUGUCACAUCGAUAGCGGAUUUUCUAUUAAACCACUAUUCCAAAACCGGUGAUAUGCUCUGCCCAGAUGUGAUCGCAAAUAUUGGCGCAAAAAUGUUCAUAUCGCCACGUUUAGUAUUUUUAGUGAAAUAUUUUGAUUUUUAUCAAUUUUACCGAAAGCGAGAUUUUUUGCCUGCUGCCGAGUUGCUAGUCAAUCUCUUAGAGUCGAAAAUAACACCAGAAUAUUUUUGGCCUUCACUACUCAUUGAUUCCAUACCACUACUCGAAUCGAAGGAUCCAAAAAUACUCUCCAAAGAGACUUGCGCCAUACUACAACACUUAGAAACCGAGCUGGUGCCUCUAAUAGAUAAGAAGAAAAAACGUCUGGAAAAGUAUCCGGAUGAACCUAUCAACAUCUUAAAGGACUAUCGCAUCGAAAAUAUUGAGGAAAUCAUCAAUUUACUACGUUUGGCCUGCGCACGCAAUCUAUCACGCGCUAUAAUAAUUGAAAACACUGUUAUGGGUUGAAUACUAUUUAUCAUUCAAUAUUUAUUGUUUAAAAUUUAAACCUUAAAUACAAAUUGUUUACACGCCGCAUUUAGACAUAAAAAAUAAUAAGUUGUUUCUGAUUGUGGUUUUUUAGUCGGCUUCUACAUUGGCUCUGUCGUCGUUACUAUUCGUAAUGUUUACAGUAAAUAUGACUUAAUAAUUAUAAAUACAUAAAAAAUGUAGGUAGGAUAAAGUCAAGUGGUUCAAUAUUGCGAUCUUAUUGAGUCAUAUGUGUCAAAAUAUCCUGACAAAUUCGUUGGAAACAUGCUUUCCAAAAGUUUAUUUCGUAAUUACUUAAUACAAAACUAAAUGUAUAUCGGGCGAGUAUACUACCAUUUAAAGAAAUAAACUUAAAGUAAAGGAGUAGAACUACUUAUUAUGUAAAAAUCA